CGGAUGGAGCGGCCAUUGGGCGGAAGUGAGCAGAGGUGCACAAUAACUGCGGGCUGGGAGGAGGAAAAAUAUAAAUACACUUUUAACAAAUUAAACACACACUGUGUGACAGCGUUGGAUUGUUUCCGAAAAACAACGAGCCUCUAAUACGAACAGAAACGACCGCAGACUUGACUGUGAGUGCCCUCGGUAGCACCGGAUCGCCGGAAUCAAGUCGUGGAAGUUGCUGAAAAAAAGCGCAGUUCAGCCUGCACGGAGCCGAGAGGAACCCACGGGCUUCGGGUUACGCCGAGCACCCUCGCCGCCGCUUCGUUUUCUUUGCGAGACUCUUGCUAAAUUUAAAGGGGCUCUCUGGAUGAAUUAUGUCUACCACCAGUAUUGACCCACAGACAUCCAAAGGACAAGACGCUAAAGUGCAAAAUGGCUCUCUUCAUCAGAAGGAAACAGUCCACGAUAAUGACUUCGACGCAUACCUCACUGGCCAGUCAAAUCCGAAUAACAGUUACCAAUCCAUGACUGAUCCUUACCUGUCUAGCUACUAUGCCCCCUCAAUUGGGUUCCCAUACCCCCUCAGUGAAGCCCCCUGGUCCACUGGCGGAGACCCACCGAUCCCGUACCUCACUCCAUAUGCCCCCCUUAGCAAUGGAGACCAUCAUUUCAUGCAUGACACUGUGUUUGGACAACCGGGGGGUCUGGGCAGUAGCAUCUAUCCACACCGUUUUAACUUUUUUCCAGAAAACCCUGCAUUUUCUGCCUGGGGUACUAGUGGCUCCCAGGGCCAGCAGACGCAAAGUUCUGCAUAUGGAGGCAGUUACAGUUACCCACCUAGUUCUUUAGGAGGCACUCUGGUGCCGGAUGGGCAAACAGGUUUUCCCAGUGACACCUUGAAUAAAGCACCAGGUAUGAACAGCUUGGAGCAGGGCAUGGUGGGGCUAAAGAUUGGUGGUGAUGUGACAGGAGGUGGUUCAGGAGUGAAAACGGUGGGCUCGGUGAUCGGUGGAGGGCCAGUGGCGGCAGCAGUUGCCACGGGUAACGGUGGUACUCCUAUUGGAAUGCCGCCCCCCAAACCUGCAUCUUGGGCCGCCAUUGCUAGCAAACCAGCCAAGCCUCAGCAGAUGAAGGUGAAGAGUAAGCCGGGGAUGCCCAUGGCUGGUGGCACCCUUCCUCCACCACCUAUUAAACAUAACAUGGACAUUGGAACUUGGGAUAAUAAGGGCCCCGUGACGAAAGUUGCGUCCCCGUUGCCCCCGCACCACCACCAUCAUCACCACCACCAGCAGCCCCCUCUCCACUCCCAGGGUCACUUACAACCUCACCCUCAUGGGCUCCCACCACCACCUCAACCUCCCAUUCCGUCUGCCCAAUCACUUGCCCAGCAGAUGGCUAUGCAGGGCCCGCCCCCUCCACAGCCCUACCAAAACCACACCCCUGCUCCUCCCCCCCAAACCAGGUGGGUCGCCCCACGGAAUCGUAAUCCAGGUUACGGCGGGGGUGGCAGCGUGGACAGCAGCGGCUCCUCGGGUGGCGGAGGGGUUGGUAACGGUGGUGGGGGUGGACCUCCAGGCUCAGGUACCAUCGAGUCACAUCCGGUUCUGGAAAAGCUCCGUGCGGCGCACAGCUACAACCCCAAGGAAUUCGAUUGGAACCUGAAAAACGGGCGGGUGUUCAUUAUUAAGAGUUACUCGGAGGACGACAUCCACCGCUCCAUCAAGUACUCCAUCUGGUGCAGCACGGAACACGGUAACAAACGGCUGGAUUCUGCUUUUCGCGCCAUCAACAGUAAAGGGCCCGUCUAUCUGCUGUUCAGCGUUAACGGCAGCGGACACUUUUGUGGCGUGGCGGAGAUGCGCUCGCCCGUAGACUACGGAACCAGCGCCGGCGUUUGGGCGCAGGACAAGUGGAAGGGAAAAUUCGAUGUGGACUGGCUGUUUGUUAAAGACGUACCCAACAGCCAGCUCAGGCACAUCCGCCUUGAGAACAAUGACAACAAGCCAGUCACCAACUCGCGUGACACGCAGGAGGUGCCGCUGGAGAAAGCGAAGCAGGUGCUGAAGAUCAUCGCCACUUAUAAACACACCACCUCCAUCUUUGAUGACUUCUCACACUACGAGAAACGGCAGGAGGAGGAAGAGGUGGUAAGAAAGAACGUAGAGCCUGCUCCUCUGCAGAACCGAUCCCGACUGGAUCAAGAACGCCAAAUCCGAAAUAAACAAUAGAAGGCUGCCCCCUACAGCCAACAAGCAGUUGUUUUAGGACUGACCAUUUGAAAAUGAAAUUUAAAGAGGACACCAGAUGAAAUUUAAAAAAAUAAACAAUCAUUAUGUUUUUCUAUUUAAUUCUGGUGACUUAAGCCAGCGUCAGACUCGAGUCUCUGCUCUUCUGUCUUCACCUGUGGUGGCUGAAGUCGAUUAGCGUCGAGUCGCGUCAUCGUUACGAUUUUUCUUUUCUAUCAUUUGGUAUUGUUUUCAUGCACCCCCUUUGACCAACCAAUAUCUGCACAAGUCUCUUUUUUUUGUCCUGUUUAUGUUUCUUCAGCCCCACCGAUCCUCAUGGUUGCCCUUAAGAGUUGGUUAGGUGAGUGGGUAGUGAAUUUUGUAACACGUGUAUGUAUGUGUGCGUGUGUGUGUGUGUGUUAGGAAAGUGUGAUGAGUGUAAGUCGGUCAUGUCAGAUGGGGGGCAUCUUCAGCAUCAGUAACUGUAAUGGGCCAGUUUUUUUGUUUUGUUUUUUUCUAGUGGGUGACUUAACCCAUUUGUGGAGUGUUGUGCAACUGCGUAGAAGGGACAAUGAAAUGUGUCUUGACAUGAGAUGAUAAUGUUAUAGAAAAACUAUAUUUUUGAAUUAUGUAACACUUUUUGUGUUCAGUGACGAGCCACACGUGUCACCUGUUUUUUCUUUUCUGUUUUUCCUGCUUGGAGCCUUAACAUUUUAAAGCUACGGUGUCAUCAGAACUGUUUAAUAAUGGCUGUUCUAUACCUCAGUUGAAACAGCAUUAUCAGGGAGAAGACAUCCCAUGCAUCUUUACCCAGGGGAAGUCAACAUUGUCACUGGCUGGACUAAAAAUUCUGGACUAAUGUUUUAGUUGUGGUUCAGAGUUCAGUGCUCAGACUCUGUUCGCAUACUUAAUGUUUAAAGAGCAGAAAUGUAACUACUUACUGUUCCAAACCCCGCCCAGCAGAGGUCGCUUUUUCUUUACACCAAUUUGAGAGAUGUAGCAAUUUACUGCUUUUAUUUGAAAUCACUUUAGAUGCAUCACAUUUUUUGUUCUUUGUCCUUUCCUAACAGAUUUCAUUUUAUCGCUUUUCCUCCCCCAUGUCCUCAGUAUAUUGCUAAGCUUUAACGUAGGAUCAUAUAAUUAUAAUAAUAACGAAGAAAGCCUCAAACGUGUAACCUGAAAUUUAAUGUUACUGAUUUACUGUUAAAGGAAAAAACAAACAAAAAAAGAGUAUAUGGUUUCUGUGCGUGGUUUUUUUAGGACCUGCUUGCUGUUUUGUGUGUUUGUGUGUGGGAGAGCAGAAUUGAGCUGUGCGAGGGUUUCAAAUUUCUAUAGUCAUAUAACAAAAGAUUCAUUAAAUAUAUGAAAUACUAAAAAUAUUAAAAAAGGAAUUACAAGACAAACAUUUAAGUCACCCCUGAAAUGAAUAUGCAUUGUAUUGGAAGGUCACUAUCUAUCACGUUCUUAGAUUUGAUCAUGCUCAUUAUUAAAAUAAUACUAUAUGGUGUAA